GCAUCCUGAGCCCCGGACUCAGUGAGGAGGUGCAGCCUGUGGCGGGACCUGGGUCGGGAGAGAGGCCAGAGAAGGGACGGGGUCUGAUGCAGCAACCCCAGCCCUCCAUCCUCACUGCUCCCCUGCUAGAGAGGGUCGCAGCCAGAGCAGGAUCCUGCCCCCUACUGCUGUUCCUGCUGCUGGGGCUGUGGGUGGCUGAGGUCCCCGUCAGGGCCAAGCCCAGCAACGUGACCCAGGCUCAGUGGUUUGAAAUUCAGCACGUGCAGCCCAGGCCCCAGCGAUGCAACACGGCGAUGGGCAAGGUCAACAAGUACACAAGACACUGCAAACCCUUCAACACCUUCCUGCAUCAAUCGUUCUCCAGUGUGGCUGCCACCUGUCAGACCCGCAGCAUAGCCUGCAAGAAGGGCCAAAGAAACUGCCACCAGAGCAAAGAGCCUGUCUCCCUGAGCACAUGUGAGCUCACCUCAAAGAAAUACCCAGGCUGCAAGUACAAAGAGAAGCGACAGGUCGCUUCUUAUAUUGUGGCCUGUGACCCUCCUGAGAAAGGGGACUCUAGGAAAUUCAAGUUGGUUCCCGUGCACUUGGACAAAAUCCUGUAGGUUUUCGGACUUCCUCCCUCUCGUUCUGUGCCUGACUUCCCUGUCCGGACCCCUGGGCCAGUCCUCGUAUGGCCCACAAGUUAUCUUCCUCCCGUGUCUCAGGGCCCCUCCUAGCUCAACCUCUUCUGAAAGGGCUGAGCUCCAGAAGAGAUGGUCGGUCCUUCCUCUUUCUGUGGCUGUUUUCCCAGGAGCUUAUCCCCAAGGGAGGGGCUGAGCAAGCUAGGGGUGUGGGUUCCCCGGUCUGUGCCUGGGACAUCUCUCCCCUGCCCCAUCUUCACGGCAGCCUGACAAGAGGAGGAAAUGAAAGGACAAGAAGGGCAUGAGAUUUAUGGACAGAGCUGUUCCUGUUCCCGAGCUAGGAACCUCCCCUGGCUAACGUGGUAGUGAUAUGAGCUGUGUGAGGAGAGGCGGCUGGAAAGAAAGAAAACGAGGUACCACUCCAUAUUUAUAUAGCACUUUAGGUUUUUCAUGGUGUUGCCAUAUGAGUCCCUUGGGAGAUAGACUUGAGAAGGAUUGUGGGCCUUCUUUGGGGGAGGAAAUGGAGCUUUCAGAAAGAGUAAUUAAUUAAAGAGCUUGUCAAAUUGGUGAGUAGCACAACCUGGGCUUGAACCUAGGUCUCCUUAUUCUAAAUACAGUGCACUUUGCUCUUGUCCCUUGGGUAAAAAAGGAGAGAGCUCUGCAGGGACAAGAGAACUGGGUAAGAGUUCACCCAUGAAGAUAUGUACCCUGAGAGCUUUUAGGAGCCAGUUACCCUGUGCCGGCUGCAAUCAAGGUCACCAGCUCUCUAGCCAAGAGCUGUUUAUGAGGUGCUCCAGGGAUCUAAUUCAUUCUCUCUCUGCCUCUCUAACUGGCCUCCCCCUUCUCUAGCCCACUGCUCUUCCCACCUGGGCCCAGGGCCUGGCUCUGGCUAGAUCCCUUUGGCCUGAAGGCAUAGGGUCAGGGGAGUGUCCCAGCUUCAUCCCCCUGCUCCAGGAUCACAUUUCCCUUGACCUCGAGGGACUUCCGUGGCCCAGAGCCUGCUGGUCACAAACAGGCUGGUGGGAGCUGCCAGAGCUUCCUUCCUCUGAUAAUGAUCUGUCCUGCCUCGGUGCUUCCCUGGCUCCGCACUCUGGCAGUCUGCCCAGGCCCGAGGGCUUGAGAUGUGGAAAUGCCAUCUCCCUGUCCCCCUGGGCUGCAGACACCAUUGCUCCAUCUCUAGUGAGCAGAACUGGAGAAGCUACGGCUUUACCUUGGCUCUGUUUUGAGGUGCACACGCCCCACCCCACCCCCAUUGCCUGCAGCCCUGACCAUCACCAGCCUGUUCUUUCUUUCCUUUAUUUCAGUCCCAGACAAACUGCACGAUGCCCCAUGCCUGCCCUACUUCACUGCCCAGCUACCUUGUUAGACCUUCCCUUCCCAGCUGGGGCGUCUCUUCUCUUCCUGUCCCUCCCCGACACCACCAGUGCUCCUUUACUCCUUACCAGAGUCAGAGUCAGCUUUGGAGCCAGAUAAAAUUGGGUGUAAAUUUUGGUUGGCUCGGUCUUCCUGGCUAUGUGACCUCAAGCAAACUAAGGCACCUCUCUGCAGCUGUGUUUCCAUACAGCGAAAUGGGAGUACUCCCACCUACCCAACGGGAUUGCAGGAAGAUUUAGAAAUGGUAUUUAGGUAGCCUUAAUCAGCCCUCAGCACUGGUAGGCAUUCAAUAAUGAUCACUGGAAGUAGCAAAUAGCAGUCCAGCCAUAUUCACCUUGGCAAGCAUGCAGAUGAAGGCAAAUACCCCACUCAGUUUUCCCUGAGGCCUUUCUCCUGCUAGAGAGAUGUUCUUGAGUAGGCUGGAGGACAAGUCUGCAAGCAAAGUCCUGCUAGCUGGGCUGGGUGGUUUGAGAGGAGGAGAGAAGCUAGGGAAGGGAUGGUCAAAGAAAGAGCAGAACAUUGAACAAUUCAAGCAGAGUAUGGGACCAAUACAUUGAUGAGUCUUGGAAGUAGAGAUGCACUAAAUACACAUUGUAGCCAAAUGCCAAAUGACUGAGUGUAAAUCUAUAUAUCCUAUGGUCAUUAUACUCUACAUUUAUCACUUCAACAGAUGGUUUUGACUGAGAUGCAUAGAAAAGAAGAUACUUAGGGGUAUUGAUUUUUUCCCUUUAUUCUUUUUUUUCAUAACUCUUUAUAUAUUCGCAUAAACAUAAAUUGUAUAAAUUGGUAUUUAUCGCAUAUAAAUAUAAAUUAUAUAUAUUGAUUUUUUUCUUAUGGAUAUUAUGGUUUUGAAGACAUCCUCCUCACAAAACUUUGAAGUGGCUAAAAUGAUACUUUUAAUGCAUCCUCUCAAAAUGAGAAGAAUUUCCAAAUAAAACUUUUUCUUGAAAGAUUCAUGACCUAGGGGCACCCGGGUGGCUCAGUCGUUAAGCGUCUG